GUGUGUCCAAAGCUUAGCUCAUGUCACAGGCAACAGUUACUAGUUUUCCAGGAUUGGGCUUCAAGGUCAGUGUCUGCAAUCGUGCUUAAACCCCAAAUAUUAACAACGGGAAACAUCUGAUCAUCAAUGGCUAAAUCUCUUUCUCUACGCUUUCUUCACCCAAAACCCAUGGCUUUCUCGGCAUCAACGACCAUGAAAUUCACUCCCUCUCCCUUACUUUUUUCCUCAAAACCCAAAUCUCUAAACAAAUUGGUCUUCUCACUUCCAUUGAGGUGGUUCUCCUCCACUUCUUCUCCUUACCCUCUUCAGUACGAGAUGAUUAUCAACCGCCCAACUCAGCCCCCACCUGCCCAAACUCGUCGCAGACCCACCCGGCUUAGUAAAUCCGACUCCUAUAGCUCACCAGAGCCGGAAUCACCCCAAACUCCUGAUUCAGAACUCGGUCUUGAUUCAUGGGUCGAGCAGAAGCUAUCUGUGGACAGAGAUGAUGUAGAGAUGGAUAAGUCUAAGAGAAAGUAUUACAACAAGAGGAGAAAAAGAAUGUAUGGGUCAGAUUCUGAUGAGGAUGGUGGAAAGAAUGAAGAGGGCUUUGUAGAAUUGAAGCCUGAGGUUGUGAACUUUCGUAGUUUACAUAAGAGAGAGGAGGAAUUGUAUUUCUACGAUACAUUUGCUUAUCCAUGGGAAAAAGAUAAACAUUACAAGAUGGUUUAUCAGUUGGAGAAGAAGUAUUUCCCUGACCAAUGCUUCGAUAAGGCAUUCAUUGAUCCUAAAGAUUCUAAUAUGAAUUCAAAUGGGAUAGCAAAGAGUAGUAGGAGUGGUAAGAGGGCAGAGAAGAGAGAUAAUGGAGUUGUAGACCAACAAGAUGAUAGAGGGUUGGUGUUCUUUGAAGAGAAGGGUGAGAUAGAGACAAAUUCAGCCAAGGACUCAAAUAAAGAUAUCACAGAGAGAAAAGUGGAGGAGUUCUUCAAGUGUUUGAAGAAAGUUCCAAGUAAGGAUAAUGAAGUUGAUAAUAGAGAACCGUAUCUUGUUACAAGAAGCACUGAGCUUCCACCUACGUGGGAUGGUCCUCAUGGAACUGUGGUUUUGGUGAAUAAGCCUAAAGGAUGGACUUCAUUUACAGUUUGUGGAAAGCUGCGUCGCCUGGUGAAAGUGAAAAAGGUGGGGCAUGCUGGAACACUUGAUCCUAUGGCAACUGGAUUAUUGAUUGUAUGUGUUGGUAAAGCCACUAAGUUGGUAGAAAGAUAUCAAGGAAUGAUUAAGGGUUAUAGUGGAGUUCUCCGUUUAGGGGAGGCAACUUCAACUUGGGAUGCUGAUUCACCGGUUAUCCAGCGUGAGCCUUGGGAGCACAUCAAAGAUGUGGACAUAAGGAAAGCUGCUGCUUCUUUUUGUGGUGAAAUAUGGCAAGUUCCUCCAAUGUUCUCUGCCAUCAAAAUUGGAGGUGAAAAGAUGUAUGAGAAAGCUAGACGAGGAGAAAAUAUUGAGCUUUCACCCAGAAGAAUUUCAAUUUUUCAGUUCGAAAUACAGCGAAGUUUAGAGGACAGACAAAAUUUGAUUUUCCGAGUUGUCUGCUCUAAAGGAACAUAUAUCCGAUCACUAUGUGCAGAUUUUGGGAAGGCUCUUGGCAGUUGUGCUCAUUUAACUUCUCUUCGAAGAGAUUCAAUUGGAGAAUACUUGGCAGAUGACGCUUGGGACUUCAAAGAUCUGGAAGAGGCAGUAACAAAAAAUUAUUUCUAACUGGUUGUGGCAAUAAGUUGGCCCGAAAAAUUUUGGGGCUCAGUACAUUUUUGUUGGUGGUUACAUCAUUCCCUCAUUUCAUUCAUUACAAACUAUAAAAAUUUGAUACAGUGAUAGGUAGCUAAAGGCUUUUGGUAAGCUAAAGGCUUUUGGUACUCUCUCUCUGCAGAUUAGUUCUAUGCAAAUUUUUGAUAGCCAAUUCCCAGAAUUUUCAAGGGCUGUACUUUGCUAAAGUGAAACCGUAGAUUCUAUUCUAGAAAUGAAAUGGCGCAUAGAAAUUCUAAUGUGUA